CGCCGCCGCUGCUGCUGCUGCUGCUGUCGCCGCGGCACCGGGGAGCGGGGAAGGGGGGCGCGGGAGACGAGCGCUAAGAUGGCCGCUCCGGCUCGGGCUGUUUUCAGAUGCUUCAAAUAUUAUGAACAGAGACUUGUUUGGAUUAUGUGUUUCUCAGCUAGACUAAAUAAAUGCUAACAAUGGAUAAGUGCAAACACAUUGGGCAGUUGCGGCUUGCUCAAGACCAUUCCAUCCUCAACCCUCAGAAAUGGCAUUGUGUGGACUGCAAUACAACUGAGUCUAUUUGGGCUUGCCUUAGCUGUUCCCAUGUGGCCUGUGGAAGAUAUAUUGAAGAACAUGCACUCAAGCACUUUCAAGAAAGCAGUCAUCCUGUUGCAUUGGAGGUGAACGAGAUGUAUGCUUUUUGUUACCUUUGUGAUGAUUAUGUUCUUAAUGAUAAUGCAAUUGGAGACCUGAAGUUACUACGAAGUACAUUAAGUGCAAUCAAAAGUCAAAAUUAUCACUGCACCACUCGUAGUGGAAGGGUUUUACGGUCUAUGGGUACAAGUGAUGAUUCUUAUUUUUUACAUGAUGGCACCCAAUCUCUACUUCAAAAUGAAGAUCAAAUGUAUACUGCUCUUUGGCACAGGAGAAGGAUACUAAUGGGUAAAAUCUUUCGAACUUGGUUUGAACAGUCACCCACUGGAAGAAAAAGGCAAGAACAAUUUCAGGAAAAAAUAGCAAAAAGAGAAGUGAAGAAAAGACGGCAAGAAUUAGAGUAUCAAGUUAAAGCAGAAUUGGAAAGUAUGCCUCCAAGAAAGAGUUUACGUUUGCAAGGUCUAGCUGAGUCCACCACAGUAGAAAUAGCUCCUGUUCAAGUACCACUGCAAACCUCAGCAUCACCAGCAAAAGAUAAAGUAGUAUCUACCUCAGAAGAUGUAAGACUAAAAGAAGCCAGUGACUCCUCUGUUAAACGAAGGCCAAUAGUAACUCCUGGUGUAACAGGAUUGAGAAAUUUGGGAAAUACUUGCUAUAUGAAUUCUGUUCUUCAAGUGUUAAGUCAUUUACUUAUUUUUCGACAAUGUUUUUUAAAACUUGAUCUGAACCAAUGGCUAGCUGUGACAGCUAGUGAUAAAACAAGAUCAUCUUAUAAGCAUCCUCCAAUCACAGAUACAGUAUAUCAAAUGAAUGAAUGCCAAGAAAAAGAAACAUGCUCUGUUCGCUCCAGACAUCCAAGUUUAUCAUCAGGACUAAGCGGUGGAGCAUCAAAGAGUAGAAAGAUGGAACUUAUUCAGCCAAGGGAGCCAAGUUCACAAUACAUUUCUCUCUGUCAUGAAUUGCAUACUUUGUUCCAAGUCAUGUGGUCUGGAAAGUGGGCCUUGGUCUCACCAUUUGCUAUGCUACACUCAGUAUGGAGACUAAUUCCUGCUUUUCGUGGUUAUGCCCAACAAGAUGCUCAGGAAUUUCUUUGUGAGCUUUUGGAUAAAAUACAACAUGAACUAGAGACAACUGGUACCAGGUUACCAGCUCUUAUCCCCACUUCUCAAAGGAAACUUAUCAAGCAGGUUCUGAAUGUUGUAAAUAACAUCUUUCAUGGACAACUUCUUAGUCAGGUUACAUGUCUUGCAUGUGACAACAAAUCAAACACCAUAGAACCUUUCUGGGACUUGUCACUGGAAUUUCCAGAAAGAUACCAAUGCAGUGGAAAAGAUAUUGCUUCCCAGCCAUGUCUGGUUACUGAAAUGUUGGCCAAAUUCACAGAAACCGAAGCUUUAGAAGGAAAAAUCUACGUAUGUGACCAGUGUAAUUCAAAGCGUAGAAGGUUUUCCUCAAAACCAGUUGUACUCACAGAAGCCCAGAAACAGCUUAUGAUUUGCCACCUACCUCAGGUUCUCAGACUACAUCUCAAACGAUUCAGGUGGUCAGGACGUAAUAACCGAGAGAAGAUUGGUGUUCAUGUUGGCUUUGAAGAAAUCUUAAACAUGGAGCCCUAUUGCUGCAGGGAAUCCCAAUCCCUCAGACCAGAAUGUUUUAUCUAUGAUUUAUCUGCUGUAGUAAUGAACCACUGGAAAGGAUUUGGCUCAGGACACUACACUGACUGUUAUAAUUCCGAAGGAGGGUUCUGGGUACACUGCAAUGAUUCCAAGCUAAGCAUGUGCACUAUGGAUGAAGUAUGCAAGGCCCAAGCUUAUAUCUUGUUUUAUACCCAGCGAGUUACUGAGAAUGGACAUUCUAAACUCUUGCCUGCAGAACUCCUGUCUGGUAGCCAGCAUCCCAAUGAAGAAGCCGACGCCUCUUGUAAUGAAAUCCUUAGCUGAUCCAAAGACAGUGGGGCUUUCUUCUUGUGAUUUGUAUAUAUACUUUUUUUAAAAGGGCUGACUUAAUUUUAAGCUUCAUUGUUUUUAUUUUUACUUACUAAUCAGUGCACACUAUGUUUACACAUUUUGUAUCUAACUACAACAAAUCUCUUUUUUACAGACGAAGUUAGCAUAAGUAUAUGUGUAUCAAUGUCAGCAGGUAACUAAACUUUUUUCAAGUACUUGGGAGUUUUAAACUUUUAGUGUUUACCUCAGACUGGUGUUACCUCUUUUAUAUUUUUAUGUCUUAAUUGGCUCAGAUCAUGAAUUUGUGCAAUCUUCUACUGAAGAAGUUCAGGUGGCAUCAUUUUAUACAUUUCUUAUUUAUCUUUUAUAGCUAUUUUCUAUACAAAUUCUUAUCAGACAGAAUAUUAGACUUUCUUCACUAAUAGUCUUACCAAAAAAAAAAGGGCAUUUCUUUCAGAUUUGUAUACUGAAGUCACCUUUGCCUCCUAAAGGGAGUUAAACUACUACAAAGUGAAAUAUCAAGGUAUCACCUAAAUACUCAUCGAUCACACUCAUUAAUAUUCCUGAGGCUAUGUGUGUUACAGGGCUCAGAACAGACAUUAUUUUGGUUAUUGGAACUUCCUUUUUUCAAAAAUUUAUUAAGUUUUAAUAAUUGUUAUUUGGCAUAGUCAAACUGUAUACAUAUGAAGAUGACAGCUUUAUAAAUAGCAUGUUUAAAUGACUUCAGUACUAUGGACAUGAAAACAAUGAUGGCCGAGACUUAUAAUAAUGAUUUGUCUGGCAGCAAAUAGGUUUGUCCAGAUUCUAAUAAAGCAGUCAUUAAAAAACUGAAUGUAGCAAACAAACAGUAUAUUAUGAUGUAAUACAAGUACAGUUCAACUUGGAUAUGAGUUCAUUUUAUAUAUUUAACAUUAGAUCUCUUAAAGCUUUGUACUAUAUUGUAUCUUGAAAUUUUUAGUUUAAAGGGAUAAAAAUAAGUCUUGAGGAGAAAAAAUUGCAUAGGACACAGAAGAUAUUGGCAUCUGGGCAAAAUAUUCAGUAUCUCAUUUUUCUAAAUAACUAAAGGCUGGAUUAAGUUACUCUUGCUAGGAUUAUGUGAAUACUAAGAGCCUCUUAGAUAUUCAAACACUGGGCCCUGACUUUUUUAAAAUUAAAAAUUACACUUGCAUUUUAUUAAAAAUAUAGUAUGUAAUACUCUUUGCUCUUCCCUAACAAGCUUAAAGUCCUACAGCUGCUAAUUUAAUUUUAUUCAGAAAUAUGAGAAUCCACUAACCUCUAUAGAUGAGCUAUGGUAAGAUCUUAGCUAAGUGUUAACCACUGGAAGAUCAUUUAUCUUUUUUCUCAAGUGGGUUUUGCUUGCAGGUUGAAAUCAUUUGAGGCAGCUGAUCAUGAAGUGCAAUGAGAAUUUAUCACUGAACAGACAAAUCAAUCAUUCAUGCCAAAACUACAGCUCGAGUAUUAAAUGGCUAAGGUUUAAAAUCAUUCAUCUAUUAAAUACCUAUGCAAGUUGUUACCUCAACUGUUAACAUUAUUAUACCUCAUUAAAAAUUUACUGUGGUCAAGAUACCUGAGUCUAGCGUUUCUUAAUGUCAAGGAUUACUUUAUACUUAAACUGCUACACGUUUUAGUACCUAAUUUUAGUGGAACAGUUAAAAACAACUCCGAAAGCUAUGUUGUUUACAAUGGUAUGUAUAGUUGCUUGUUUCAGUAUUUACUUCAAUGUAAAUAUAUAUGAGAAAGUAGUAAGUAAGUGACUUAGCCCUUUACUUUUUAAAUCCUUAAAACUAAAACCAACGGGGGGGGGGGUUCUGUGUGUCUGAAGUCAAGGAAGGGGGGUACAUGGGAACUCUGUACUUUAUGCUCAGUUUUGCUACGAACCUAAAGCUGAUCUAAAAAAAUGACGGCUAUUAAAAUAACAAAACUAA